GCUGUUUUGAUGUUAUUCAACAAUGUGGUGUUGUCGCAAACGACAAGAAAAUUCAUAGAAACGUACUGUUUUAAAAAAAAAACUUGUUAAUAAUGUUGACAAUACGCGCAGCUUUGCCGUGUGCUAAACAAUUUGCCGCUGUCUUGGCAAAUACAGCUCGCACACACACGCGUUACGCAGCCUUCCUUCAACCACAAGUGCAACUGAAGCAACAAAAUCAGCACAAAAUUCGAUUGUAUGCAACACAGCAGCCAACCCCGAGUGCUAAAAAUGCGGAGACUACCUUGCAACGUGUGUACUAUGGCAGCUUGGCACCGAGAAUGAAGCUGGUCAAAUUAUUCUCACUUACCACCAGCUUUGCCGGCAUCGCAGCACAACCAAUUCUAAUGGAACAGGGCUUGAAGAUUGGCGGCACCGGUAUGGCUGUCUUGUUGUGUACCGUUGGUGGCUUCUUUACGUUCGUAACACCGCUGCUGUUGCACUUUGUCACCAAGAAAUACGUAACAGAGCUGCACUACAAUCAAGCGACGGAUGAAUACACCGCCACAACAAUAUCGCUUAUUCUGACAAAGAUUCAGACAACGUUUCGGCCCAGUGAUGUUGUUGUACCCGAGGUGCCCGGAAUGUUUACUUCGUUCACAGUAAACAAGCGUCCGUUGUUCGUUGAUCCAGCCCUGUUCGAUGAUCCCGAGCAUUAUGUGCGCAUAAUGGGCUAUGAUAAGCCCAUAGAUUUUAAAUUAAAUGUACCAGCUGAGCCGGAGCAAUCGAAAAAGAAAUAGAAAUAAACCAAAUGCCUGUUUCAAAUUGUA